AUGUUUCGGUCACCCGUUCCCGACAAUCAUAUCCAAACAUUACCGGAUAAUUGGUUUGACAAUCAACGAGUCGAUCACUUUAACACUAGCGAUACCCUGUUUGUAUUGGUUGACGGAGAAAGUGAGGCCAGCGAUUAUUUUAUAACAGUGGGUGCCGUCUCAGAGUAUGCCAAACAGUUUAACGCAUUGACAGUAGAUCUGGAGCACCGAUACUAUGGUCAUUCAGUACCGACUGAGGAUCUAUCGGUUGAAAAUUUAAGAUACCUGACCGUCGGACAGGCCCUGAAAGAUACCGAACAGUUUAUCGGAUAUUUGAACCGAAAAUUAUCGCUGACUAACAAUACUAGAUGGAUAGCAUUUGGCGGUUCGUAUGCGGGAAAUUUGGUCGCCUUUUUACGUGAGAAAUACCCGCACGCAGUGAGCGGUUCGGUGGCCAGUAGUGCACCGGUUGAGGGACGUUAUAAUUAUAGGGAAUAUUUUGGUGCUGUUGGCAGAGUCCUGGGCUCUGAGUGCUCAAAACAAGUCAGAGAAGCUAUCAAUCAAUUGGAGUUACAGAUAAAGACACCGAAAAGUUGGUCGACCAUCGACCGAGAGUUCAAUCUGUGUGCACCGUUGAACGGUACGGACAGGCUAUCGCCGCCCAAUACAAUGGAGGCGGAAGUAUGA